GAGAAGAACCGAGCGGGUCGACAUGUUUGUCAGCGGGCUGGUUUCGGUGGCUUUGUUCCUCCUCGCAGCGACAGGUGUGAGGGGCUUCACAGUCAGUACCAGCAACGCCGAUGUGCGGGUGAAAGAGAAUUUAGGGGUCGACCUUUCAUGCACCUUUUCUGGUGACUUUGGUUCAAAUGCCAGAGUGGAGUGGAAGUUUAAAAACCUGAAGCAGUCACAGGUGUACGUGAUUUUUAAUGGGAAACCAACAACAUCAUAUUCCAGCAGAGUGACAAUGUACAACAGCAAUCUGAGAUUUGCAACUGUGACCCGCGAUGACAACGGGAUGUAUGAUUGUGAGGUGUCUGGAAACGGCCAGUUUGGGGAAGCCAGAGUGAAGCUGACUGUACUUGUGCCUCCCUCUGCACCCUUGUGUAGGAUCCCCUCCUCAGUGACGACUGGCAAGUCAGCCCUCUUGACCUGCCACGACAUGGAUGGCUCACCUCCACCCAAAUACAGGUGGUUCAAAGACAACGUGCCUCUGCCCACUGAACCCAGAAUGAUCGCAACCUUCAAAAACUCCACCUACAAGCUCAAUGUUAGCAACGGCAACCUGGAGUUUCGCAAAACCGUCAAGACGGACUUAGGUAACUACUACUGUGAGGCUUCCAACGAAGCAGGUCCUCCUCAGCGCUGCAAAGGCGCAAAAAUGGAAAUCCGUGACCUCAACACUGGAGGAAUUGUAGCUGGUGUGAUCGUGGCUCUGCUGCUAGUGGCUCUGCUGGUUUUUGGUAUUUGGUAUGCAAACAAGAAAGGAUACCUGCCAAAGAAGAGCGAAAGCAAACCAAAGCCCAGCGUGGUGUACCAGCCCACAUCACUGUACGGUGGCGGUGGUGAAGAUGAUGAUGGGGAAUUCAAACAGAAGUCGUCCUUCGUGGUAUAGUCAACAACGAACAGCCCCAACAGGAGAACAACUCUGUUUUAAAUGUCCGUCAGCGUGGGAUUUCCCUCAAGUUUUUAGUGUGCUUUUGGUUGAUGAUUAAUUUGAAGUUUCUGUUUUUAUAGACCAGUGUGAUUGUUUAAGCUGACCUGAACUGUGUGCUUUAGUGUCUCGGGAUACAUUGACUUGAGCUUCACGGUUAUAUGAAAUUAUUUCCAACAAACAGGGUAAUGUGACGUCUUCUAUAUGUGCAAAUACUGUCGGAGGGCCUUUGGAUAGCAUUCACACAUUCUUAGCCACGGACAUUUGACUUCAAAGUUGUUGGUGCGUGUCUAUUCUGUUCUAAAAAAACACCGCUAUUUUUGUAAGUGUUAUAAUGAUUCAUCUUAACGCUAACAUGUCAAAAAAACUGUAAAGAACCAAUUACCUAUAACGAUAAGAAGAACAGAAAGAGAAAUUUUAGUUUUUCAUGAAAAUCAAGCACAUGCCUUUUGAAUCGACAGAAUUUCCUCUCGGAACACAGUGCCUUGAAAAACACUCAAUAGAGUUGUAUCAUAUUUACUGACGCAUCACCUUAAUUGUUUUAUAUGUGUUUAUCUUAUCUGAAACAUUGAUGUGCCCAGAAUAACAUGGCCGAGUUGCUCUGAAAAUGUAUAACUUUUUCUAACAAAUACAACUUUUUUUUUAUGGACAGUACUCUUGCUAACAAAUCUGUCACUUUCUCUUUCUUGUAAAUAAAAUGCUUUUACACCUGAAACAUUGAAAAAUCUCUUUAAGUUGUCUAUGAGCUUCCCGACAUUUUCCUCUAUUACUGCGUUUAAUGGCAACACCAUUGAAGGUGCACACUCACUUUAAGAGGUAGCUUAACAAUUUCAGUAAUGUUGUCCAAGAGGUUUGUAACCAUUUGAGUGACGUUGAUUAAUGGUGAGAAAGGCAAAGGUACACUUCGUCUUAAAGCACACAGAUGUCAGCUGUGAUGUGUCCUUUUUAUGAAUUAGAAACUUGUGAUUUGAUGACAUUUUGUUUAACAAUUUUUGAAAGGUGCAUCAUGUGUAGCUUAAUCAUUGAAAAUGCUAACUGUUCUGAUAUAUUUGUCCUAAUAUCGUCUACCUCUAGACACUCAAAUCACUUGAUGGUUUCGACUAUCCUUUACAUCCACUGGCUCUCAGGUUGUGUUUUACUGGUUUGAUGAAGUUGGACACCAAUUAAUCAAUAUUUAUAUUGGGCAAAAGGCACAUUAUUCUACAUUGUUUGACCUUUCUUUUUUUUUUUUUUUUGAAAGUGUAAAGCUGAUGAAUCAGCUGAUGGUUGUAACUUUGCUUUAUAUUUGUUUAAUAAAAUGUUUUGAAUCUACA